AUGAAAUGGAAAAACUUGAGGCUGGUUGUCGGUGAUGACAGGUAAGAGGCAACAGACUUUGAGCCUGUUUAUUUUUUGUGUGUUGCAAGCCUUCCCUGAUUAUUCAACAAUGUGGUUUGUCGCACUAGUCUUACUUUCCUCCAAGAAAUGCUUAACACUUUCACUCCCAAGAUCUAAUUAGUAAUUCUCCUUACUAUCUGCCAUACAAUUCCUAUGAUGUUAGUUUAGAGAAUUUGGUCUUGGGUCAACUAACGAUCGCCUAAUUGAUAUUUCUCUUUAUUCUCAUCACUUGUCUGAUUGAUAUUGUAUUGAUAUUGUAAGGAGAAAUUCUGUCUUGGUCACUCAUGGGAGUAAAAGGGUUAAAGUACACCUGACAAAGACCUCAUACGGAAGUCCAUUUAAACCACGAUCUUGAAAUCUCUUCUUCUCGAAGUUAUCAUUUGAACUUCAGGAUCUUAAAAUGUUUACCUGGGCCUAUAAUAGCCGCUGUAUCUUGUUUUUCCUAACUGUUGUAGUGAUGAAGAGGUGAAAGAAACCAACAAACCACAACCGAAAUCAAAACUAAACCGCAAAGAAAGGUAAGAAAACGGAUCGCACUUGUAUUAUAAUUUGUCACCUUCACGAAAUUGGUGGUCUGAUUGCGACUUUUUCUUUGUCGUUCACUCAUCCAUUUAUUAACUCAUUCAAUUCAUCGAGUUAAAAGUUCAGUCUACGAGUAAAAAAUUUGGGAAAAAUUGUUUCACUAGUUCAUUGUUCAUUUGUUUUUUAUUGUAAGCCGUAGCAACAAGCAAAACUUGCAAAGCCGGCGGUCCACCUUGUUCAGAAUUCCAUCGGAGCCUGCGGAAAGUUCAACCGAGAGUGAAGAAGAAGAUGACCGGGUGCUAGACGGGAAAGUGGUGAGCAUGUGCAUUGAAUAGCUGGUAAUAGCAAGCGAGCAAGCGAACUAAAGAACGAACUAACGAAUGAGCGAGCGAACGAGAAAACGAACGAGCGCACAAAUAAGCGAGUGAGCGAACGAACGAACGAUUGACGGAACGAACGAACGAGUGAGUGAGCGAACGAGAAAACAAAUGAUUGACGAAACGAACAAACGAGCGAGCGAGCUUACGAGAAAACGAACGAACGAACAAACAAAUAAGCGAACGAGCGAACGAACAAGCAAUUGACUCAAAGAAGAAACGAAUUAAAGAAUGAGCGAGCGAGCGAGCGUGCGAACGAUUGACGGAACGAACGAACGAACGAAUAAACGAAUGAGCGAGUGAGCGAAGCAACGAAUGAAAGAACAAAUGAAAAAACGAAGGGAAGAAAGAACGCAAAAGAACUAACGAGCGAACAAAUAUAUCACUUUUUUCAUUGUGCGUUUAUCAUGGUUAAUUGUUUUACGUUGUUCUUUGUUUUACAGGGCGUAGCUGACCUUCCCUCAGAAUAUUGGCAAAUACAAAGGCUGGUCAGGUUCCUCAAGGUGAGAGUAUGCCAUCUAACAAAUGGAACUCACACUGAUACAAAAAAAAAUGUUAUCCAACUGAUUCAUAUUUCCCAUAAUCAUUUUCCUGUUUUCAGAAUGGUAACCAAGUCGCCACGGUCAUCACAUUGUGUGCUCUGACGGAUUUCAACUUAACUCAAGAAAUGACCCAAAUGGCCAUUCGCGAUGUGAAUGGAUUGACAGUUCUUGUUAAUAUUCUCAGAACAGACCACGAGAAUUGUCAGGUUUGAAUUGAUGCUGUUUCUUAUUAUUACUACCGAUCAAAGAACAACAAUCAACCACACGCAUUACAAUCUUGACGACUUUUGGACGGUGGAUAUCUAGAUCUCAACUAAACAAAUAGAAGAUUCCCCCCCCCUCCCUCUUCACCCCCACCCCGCCUAACCCCUCAGAAGAGGCGCGGGGAACCGGAAGGGGAGAGAUAUGACAAUUCAGACUGAAAGGAAGAGAUUUAUUUACACGUGCUUCAAAGAAAUAUACGCACAAUAUUGGCAAAUGAAACAGCAAACGGCACAGGAUGGACUAUGUAACAUAAUAUGGUUUUCUUGGAAGCAGAAAUAUGAAUCAUUGUAUUUUCAUAACUUUUUGAUCGGUACAUCGCCAAUCGCCUUAGCUUAAGUAAAAAGGGCUACGCAGUUUAAAAUUUCAACUGAACCCGUCCCAUUGACAUUUAAUUUAUCCUCUGGUUUUUUAGAUCGGUGCGUUGAAGGUUCUCCAACAGUUGACUAUAAGUAGCAUCUACAACAGGCGAGCUGUUAUCAAAAUGGGAGGUUAGUUUAACCCUUUGUACCCUAUACCUACAACAUGCACAUUCUCCCUACCGCUCUCUAUACAUUUCCUAAGGCGCUGACAAGGAGAAUUUGUUUAAUACUCAAGAGCUUCUAUAGUUGGUGAUCAUUCCCUUUAUUCCUGUGACCUUUAUGUGUGAUUCAGGGGUGAUAUUGUUAGGAGAAAUUAGAUACUGGUCACUCUUAGGGUUUAAGAGUUAAAGCCCUCAAAACCUUGUUACAAUGCCCUUUGUCAAUAACACAGGUUCCAUUUUAGAGACUUAAACAAAAAAUUUCAGAAAUUUUCAAAUCUUUAUCAAAUCACUUUUUUUUGUGAUAUAUUUCUUCGACCGGAGAUCAGGAGUUGCCUCUUCCAACAUUGUCGUUCUUUGCAGAUGACAGGACGGUUUUUCCACAGAUGAGUCUUAUAAAUGACCUCACUCCCAAACGUAUCUCAGUCAGCGUAGUGAUAGCAUUUUUUUCAUCUCAUACUUGAAAAACAAAGUUUAACAUCUCAAUCAGAAUGGAUAAUUUCAUUUCAACCAUGAUCUUUCGUUUUGUAGGCGUUCAGAUCCUGAUCGAUCUCAUAACUGAUGCUCCUAAGGAGGUGCAAAGUUUAGCGGCAGCUAACUUGGCUAACAUGGCAAAAUCCAGUGUAGGAAGAAAUAUUCUAAAAAAACAUGGUGGAUUACAAAAAUUGGUGAGAUCAGGAGCUGGGAAAAUUUUUAGAUCAAAGGGUCUUAAACCUUCCCAGUAAAAAACUUUCCAGUACUCUCUUCUUUCUGCUUUUCAAGGAAACGAAGUUACUCUCAAAGAGCUAUGCUAAGCAUCAGCUAGAAAUUAAAUCCAACAUUACCAUGUAUAUAUUAUAUUUACCAGCAUUUCGUUGGGUUUCCCCACACAAUUUUCAGGGACCUGUAUAUAUUUCCAAGGGACCAUACACGGGCAGAAGUGUAGAUUCGAGUCUUGGCCAAGUCACUGUGUUGUGUUCCUGGGCAAGUCACUUUCCCCAGUGCCUCUUUCCACUCUGGAGUAUAAAUGGGUACAGGGAACUGUUGCGGAAACCCAACAAAAUAUUGAGGAGGUAAUCCACGUUGGACUGGCGUCUCAUCCUGGGAGGGGUGCAAUACUCCUGGUCGCUUCAUACAUUGGAGAGUGGAUGACCUCCGGCUGAAAGCAUCUUUGCAAAUUUAUAGAUUCUAGAAAGUACGAUCCAAGCGUACAACACGUGACCAUUUAUCCUCUAAGUCUCCUAAAUGCGUACAUUUCUUGUAUUAGGUUGGUCUGCUAAACUACGAAGAACGACAACCUACUGGAAGGAAACUUUCUGGUAAUGGGUCUCCAGGCCAACUUGGAGCGGACCUUGAAGUUGCACGUAAUGCUGCCCUUGCGCUUUGGAGCUGCAGCAAGAGCACGCGCAGUAGGUCGGUUGUGUCAAGUGUGUUUGGUUGUAACUUUUACAUAAGUAGCAUAGGUGGACAAAAACUGCGAAUAAGGACGACAGUAUUUCUUAUCAAAAUACGGUACGUUUAGAAGAAAUUUUCUAAUCUUUUCCUCUUAGAUCAGCAAUUUUCAAUGCCGGAAGCGUACCAAUGUUAGCCAGACUAAUUACCAUGGACAAAGACGAGUUCCUUGUUCCUAUCGUAGGACUUGUUCAAGAAUGUGCAGUGGAGGUGAUUUUCAUUAAGACAUAACGUAACUAAAUAAUAUACAUGUUAUGUGCUCUACUGAAUAAUUCUUACAUUACUAUCCACUCUUACAGCAACGUUCAAUUGAAAGUUAUUCAAAAUAACAGUGAAAACGCAACUUACUUUGUAUCGAAUGCGUCUCAAUCAAAAGUCGCUGAUUUAAUUGCUAUGGUUGAAUUAGAUCUCUCAUUAUCAUCACUUCUCAUUGUCAGACUCGCUUCAGACAGGCUUUCUACAAAGAGAAAAUGAUAGCAGCGAUCGUUCGUCGCCUGUUGACCGACAACGAAGAACUUCAGGGUUACUGCGCCAACGCCAUAUUCAAGGUAAGUUUUCACACUCAACCCCAUGGCUGCGAUCCUUUUGGCCAGCGCUACGACUGAUCAAAGAAUCGUGCCUAGAAACGAUGACAGAGAGAUAGAGACAUUCAGAGUUUCAGACGAAGGGACUCCAUUCUAUGUAUUUCAAGUCAUGAACCUAACUCACUACCUCUUCUCUUGUCUGUUUAACUUUUCCACAAUUUCUCCGUAGUGUGCUGUCGACGAACAAACAAGGAAAGCUGUAUAUGACUGCGGGGGCCUGAACACGCUUGUUUCACUUCUUUCCCGCCAUGAUAAUAAGAAGCUGCUGGCGGCCGUAACAGGUGCAAUUUGGAAAUGUGCUAUCAGCGAUUACAAUGUCAAAAAGUAAGCAUUUUGGCUUCGGUCACUUGGGUAGAAUUUUGUUCUUCUGGGAACACAACCUUGGAUUUUGUGUCUUCGUUUAGUAAAUUGUCGUCUUGUCGGCCUGCAUGACUCAUUUGAAACCGCAAAACUAGCGGUUUAAAAACGGUUUAAAAGAAGGAUCGAAUUCCUAGAGCUUUUAACUCCAACUUUCGUAAGAGUACCUCUGUGGCGAAAAAAGCUGGAGGUCUUUUUUCUUGAUCUAGGUUGAUGGAGAUGAAGGUAUUAGAAAUACUUGUUAAUCUACUUCAGAAUGAAGAAGACGAAGAGGACCUCCCUGAACAAGUAAGUGUCAAAAAUCUUUACUGGCUCGGUCAAAAAGAAAUCCAUAAUUAAUAUGGCGAUGCAGCAUGAAAUUUUCCUUUACUGUUCGAGAUUGUGUGGUAACAAACCGAUUGAUUUCAAGUUUUAAAUAUCAGUAAUUUUUUUUUUUUUUAGGAUCACGUUUGAGGUUACACGUUUAGGCACCUAACUUUCUUGAUACCCUAAAUUGUCUUGACAUUUGGGGUUCAGAGAGUUGUAUGUAGAAAUACACGUUACUUGGUCAUUGAUACAAUAAAUAUGCCCUAGACUGCCCCUCCCCCCCCCCCCCCCCACUUCCCUCAGUGGGAACUGAUGAUAUCUUAAAUUUUGCUCAUUUUUCACUAAAGGUUCAACUCCAUAUUGUUGGAGCCAUUGGAGAGAUUGCCAAAGACCCUAAGGCUCCGCUGGAAAUUUUACGAUGCAAGGGAUGUAAAACCUUAGUGGACAUUCUGAAUAUCCCCAAUGAAGAGUUAACUGGUACAGCGGCGAGAGCCAUCGCGGCAUGCGCUGCGAACAGUAGCUGCCGCGCGUAAGUAAUAGCCAUGUGCCUCGUUCUCAAAAGGAGACCGAUUAUUCUAACAUAAGACCCGAUUAUUCUAAUAUGAACUCAUUUAUUUAUGUCCGUAUUUUCAGAGUUUUCAACAGAUUGGAAGGCUUAAGGCUUCUGUGGUCUCUUAUGAAGUCAAGGAACAAUCAAGUGAGAAGAAUUUUCGUUUAGAACUUUAAUUGAUUAUAAUUUAUCUAGACAUCCAGUUUAAUACCUGUUCAUGGUAUGACUUAUUUUCCUGUUGAUUAGGUGGUCUCAGGUGGAGCAUGGGCUGUAUACAGACUGAUGCAAGAUACACCGGUAUGAGAAAAAUGCAUUAUCACCGUCUCACAACAUAAUGGAAUGUGAAAAUUGCUAUCAACGAAAUAUUCUACCGCAACCAUUUUUUGCCUCGUAGGAGGCCUGGGAAACCGCGCGAUCAUUUGUUGGGGGACUGGAUCUGACUGUUCGCCUGCUCAAGUCUGCCGAUUUGGAGGUUAUCUCUGUUAAUAUAUUCAGUUCAACCAUUUUACACGUGGUAGCUUACAAAUUAGUUUUUCUCUUCCCUUAUUUAUCAUAGCUGACGAGCGACAGCGAAAAAAAUUUCAGUCAGUAAAAAUCACUCUAGACUACUCCAACUAAAUGCAUUGAAACGUUUUCAGGUCCUUACUAGCGCAUGCGCAGUGAUAUCAGUUGUGGCAUGUGAUUGGGAGAACUUGGGAGUCAUAACUGAUUACGAGGUUGUCCCUCACCUGGCUAAACUCACGCAUAAGGUAGGUCGUUAACUCAUUACUAUAGAACUAAGUUGCCAUAUGAUUGCCGAGAUGAUUUGGGUACGAAGAGAGCCUACAAACGCUCACCAGUUUGAGGGGAAAUUAUUUGUUUUGUUUACAGACUGACAUCAUUUUGAGGCGACAUUUGGCUGAAGCUAUUGCCAUGUGCAGCAAAUGGGGAAACAACGCGAAGCGAUUCUCCCAGGAAGGAGCUGUAGAAAGAAUGGUGGAAUACCUUGGGUCACAUGACAUCAUAGUACAGCGGUCGGCAAUGCGGGCUCUCGAGCAGUUGGGCAAACAUCCUGAUAGCUGCAUCACUAUGCACCGCAGUGGGGUUGUCAAGGUAACACAGAGGUGUUAGCUCUCUUUAACGGCUGUUGCAAAAGUGAAAAUAGAGACGUUCAGUAGACGAGAAUGACUGCCAGAAUUAUAGCGUUGUUUUUAUAAUUUCAGUGAUGUUUGUAACAGAUGUUACGUCUGUAAGGUUCAGUUUUUGAGGACUUAAGACAACGACUGAACGGUCGAUUGGUGGAAAGAAGCAAGAGUACACUUGUAUUUUGGGUUAUCAUUCGCAUCUCAGAGGAGCUUAGUAACCUAACCUUUUUCUUUUUAGACCCUAAAUUUACCAUCAAUUUUUUGUACUUCACCCGUGUUCAUUCUCAUUCAUCACUUUCAUCACACUACCUUUUUUAAAAAUGUUUUCAUUUUCCCAUGUUUUCAAUUUCUUUUCUCAAAAGCUUUGGAUAGCUUCGUAUGGCGCCAAAAUAUUUAUGAUGAUGAUCAUAACAAGUGCGGAUAAUGAUAAUAAUAACGAUGAUAAUGGCAAGGAAUAGUACAAUGUAAGAGAAAGCCAGAUCCUUCUUGCUCUCUUUUUCGUAUCCUCAAAGGGAUCAGAGUUCACCGUUCUGAAAUUUUGAUAAGAAAGGAUACCCUCUCUUGGUUGUCAUUGAUGGCUUCCAAUCCAUAUUUGGCUUUCAGUGUAAUUACAAUUGACAGCAGUCAGUCAGUCAGACCGUUGAUCAGUAUCAAUCAAUCUGUUCUUAGCUGUUGCUGGAGAUGAUCGGCUCAGAGGAUGCAGCUUUACAAGAAGCUGCCGCGGGAUGUCUGUUGAACAUGCGACAACUUGCAAUGGCCAACGAACGAGCAAGAUAUCAGAAGGAAACGAAUAAUGAUUUGGAAGCAGAUACCGAUUCCGUUCAGCAGAAUUGAACUUUUGAAGAUAGUACUGAGUACUACGGUGACUAAAGUGUGAAUUAUGAGGCACUUACCAAUAAUGUCUCCUGUUAUUUAUAUAAUUUGUAGCUUCAAUAAACACGAAUUUUUGCUUCCUUGGAACUGGACUGGAGCGUGAUAAGGGUGAGGUGCUUAGCAUCUCUGCUAGGUUUUGUGCUUCCUGCACGUGAA